AUGACCUCUUUAAACGAAUAUACCGAUGAACAGCUGAACUAUUACAGAAUUUGUUGUGUAACCACCGAUAUACUAGCUGAGGGUCUGAGAGUAAUAUUUAAACAAGAGUGGGACAAACUGUACAAAACAACAACGGGAGAAUGGAAAGACGAGCCUCGUAAUGGAAUGGAUUUUUAUAACAGAGAGUCUCCUCGAAAUCAAAAAAGAAACGCUCAUCUUUUGGCCACUAUGAAAAACGGAAACAGUGGGAAAUGGGAUUGUACAAUGCUAUUUUACGCCAUCCUUUUCUCUGAUUGUGUCGGGCCAAGUCUUAGCGCAAUAGUCAGAAAAAAUGUAGAUGAUCUACGAAAUUUCAGGAAUGAAGAAUUCGCUCACAUGCCACAAGGGAGUCUCUCUGAGAUAGAUUUUCAGAAUGCUAUUGGCAAAGUUGAUGUUGCGUUUCAAGCGCUUAGUCUUCCCACUGUAAAAAUUCAAAACCUAAAAUGUCAGAAAACAUUUCCAACAAAAGAUUUAACAAAGGUCUUGAAAGAAGUUGAUAAUCUGAAACAAGAAGUUCAAGAAAAAGAGAGUCAGCGCCAGAUCCUUGAAGAUCAGCUUCAAAAUGAAGCACCCUCAUUUUGUGUUCUCCCUCCUAAACCUUCGCAUGAAAUCGGUGAUCGUGAAAGUGAAGUAGCCAAAAUAGUCCAACAGCUGAGGGAACUAAAUGAGUCCAGUGACAACAGGUUGAGUUAUCUAUACAUCUCAGGGAAUCCUGGAAGCGGAAAAUCACAGCUAGCUGGCCUUGUAGCUGAGAGAUUCUUUGACGACCUCAAAGAAAUGCCAGGUGGCUCUUCAUUUGUAAUGACCUUAAAUGCUGCUAGUCUAGAUUCACUUCUGGAGUCGUAUGCCUCAUUUGCUCGCCAUUUAAAGUGCCCAGACUAUUCAAUUGUGAAAACCCUCAGCUCAAAGGACUGGACCUUGGACAAAAAGAUCACUAGGCUUAAGAAGCUUGUCGCUGUAAAAAUUACCUGUUACACGUCGUGGCUACUGGUGGUUGACAAUGUCACUACUCUGUCUUCAGUGCAUGUCCAUUUACCACAGUUUGAAAACGAAGCUUGGGCGAGGGGCCAGUUGCUGAUUACGACCCAGGACACAACAUCAAUUCCCUCAGAAAAACUCUUUUGUUAA